GUGCGGGGAUGGAGAGCGGCGGGGCGCUGAACGGCUCCGCCGCCGCCGGGCGCUUCGCGGCCGCGGGCACGGCGGCGCUGGGAGCGCUGAUGGCGCUGCUGAUCGCCCUCACCGUGGCGGGCAACGCGCUGGUGAUGCUGGCCUUCGUGGCGGACUCCAGCCUGCGCACCCAGAACAACUUCUUCCUCCUCAACUUGGCCAUCUCGGAUUUCCUCGUAGGUGCCUUCUGCAUCCCCCUCUACGUGCCCUAUGUGCUGACGGGGAGAUGGAUCUUCGGGAGAAGCCUCUGCAAACUCUGGCUGGUGGUUGAUUACUUGCUGUGCACCUCUUCGGUCUUCAACAUCGUCCUAAUUAGCUACGACAGAUUCCUCUCGGUGACAAGAGCGGUCGCCUACAGAGCCCAGCAAGGCAACACCAGGCAAGCGGUGCUGAAGAUGGUGAUGGUGUGGGUGUUGGCAUUCCUGCUGUACGGACCUGCCAUCAUCAGCUGGGAGUACAUAUCAGGCCAGAGCAUCAUCCCCAGUGGGGAAUGCUACGCUGAGUUCUUCUACAACUGGUAUUUCCUCAUGACAGCCUCCACACUGGAGUUUUUCACCCCUUUCAUCAGCGUGAUGUUUUUCAACCUAAGCAUUUACCUGAACAUCCAGAAGCGCACCAAAAUGCGCCUGGAUGUUUUCCACGAGGCGCACAACCAGUCCUUCACUGAAGAGGUGGAAAGGAGCCCAGAGGCAAAGCUUUCUCUGAAAUGCUGUAAGUGGGAGCAGAAGGAGUCAGCUGAGACCCUCGACCCCUCUAAGAGCAAAGCUCAAGCAGCAGCCUCAACUUCCAGCCUGGAUGCCAAAGACCUGCUGGAAACAAGCUCGGAGAGCUCCAGGAAACCCAAGUGUUGCAACAAAAAGAGCUGCAAAAAUUCAGCCUCCACUCUGUCCUCGGAGAAACAGGUGAAGGUCGUGUCCCAGAGCACGACUCAACGCUUCAGGCUCUCCAGAGACAAGAAAGUGGCCAAAUCACUGGCAAUCAUUGUGGGCAUUUUUGGGAUUUGCUGGGCACCGUACACUCUCCUGAUGAUCAUCCGCGCUGGCUGCCACGGCCAGUGCAUCUCUGAGUUCUGGUAUGAGACUUCUUUUUGGCUGCUGUGGAUCAACUCAGCUGUCAACCCUGUCCUGUACCCUCUCUGCCAUUCCAGCUUCAGAAGGGCUUUUAUUAAACUCCUUUGUCCCAAGAAGAUGAAGAUUCAGCCUCACUAUGCUCUUGAGAACCACUGAAAGUGAAGCCAGUCAGUGUGAGGAUGAGAAAACCUUGGUUUACUUCUGCUGUACUGGUGUGGGACUGGAGCUUGUUUCCUCAGAAGAACUCAAGCAGUGAUGUGGGGCAGGUGAGGAAGGCAGAAGAGAGCCCACUAUUAACUUAUUUUAGUUCAUCAACAAUAAAAUCCCACUGCAGAGAAGGAUAAAGGGGUUUAUGGACAUUAACCACGGGCAGUGAAGUCAGUGUCUGCCACUUGCAGGUGCCACAAAAGAGCUCUGCUGCCACCUAGUCAGCAUUUUGCUCCAAUAAACUGAAAACUGGAAAGAAAAAGCUAAUAAAGAGAAAUAUCUGGCUUAAACUACUGUGCUAAACUACAGCUUAGCUGUCGGUAGACUUGAUCUUUCUCAUAAAUGGGAGAGUUUUUUCCUCACACCUUUAUACAUAGAUGAUGAUGCAGACAGAAAAGAACAAACCUCAGAAGGAAAACAUCUCAUUUAUCAUUUUUGUUACAGCAGCUGCAGCCAUAAUCUGGAUCCCUGUUUCAUGGGGUGCAAUAGAUGUCCCUUCCACACCCCAAGAAGGGACAGAUCUUCUGCAGGAUCUCAAAGAUACUCUUCUGGCACUGUGUUAGGGAAUGACAAGCUCAUUCCCUAACAAGAGAGAAACAAAUCUUGUGUUGUUUUUUAUGUUCCUUUUUAAAAUGUUCCUUUCGGACCUCUUAAAUGUUUCAAGUUUCAGAAUUCUUGCAUUCUUUCUUUUAAAAUACCUCACUUCAUUGGAGACCGGGGUUGAGCUGAUUUAGUCAAUGCAAGCAUAAAUUCUUUUACUGUUUAAUUUUUACAUUUUUUUUUAGAGCUGUCACUCUAAUUACACAGAUAAAGCACCAGAUUCAAGAGACUAGGGUUCUAGCUUUGGUCUUACAUAAAAUCCUGGUCAUUUUACCUCUGCUUCCCGUCUCAUGCUUCAUCACAGUUGCCCAUUUUUUCUGCAACCUCUUUGGGCACAGAGGCAAUGUGACCAAAAAGCAGAUUAAUUCCACUGCUGGCACUGCUCAGUGAUGUAGUAACACAAACAAGUAAUUAGCUGCCAUGGCAAAUGCUCAUAUUUAACAGUAUUGCACAGGGGAGCUCAAGAUGUCUGAAAACUACAUUUACAAAUAGAAAUGUUGUAAAGCAGUACCCAAAAGCUUAUGAUGUUGUGAUCACCAAUUACAUUUUGCUACUGCAAGCAAACUGCUUUUGGCUGCUGCUAAAAGUAAAAAGAAAAUGCCAUCCGACUGUAUCUCAGUGAUAUUUGUCAAGUAGAUCAGUAUUGUCACCUGAAGUCGGGUUUUAAAUGAUGUUUUAUCUUGUGUAUGUGAUAUUUCAGGCUUGUGACACGUUCUGUCAGUCUGUUAUAUAUGGGUUAAAAUACACCCCUGGAAGUGUGUGUGCUGUGAAUUGACAGGAUAAAUGCUGAGCCUGCUCAUACCUUUCCCUGUGUCUGCUCCCUUCUGAAAACUUCAAUAAAGUAUUUUUAUAAGAA